AUGAUACUUCUCUCAAUUCUGACUUUAUUUUACUUCUUUGUGGAGACCACUGCCCUGAAAACUGUCAGGCAUUUUCUGAUCGCUUCGUCACAGCAACGAAUGUCCAAUUUCAACUACCCUCUGGAUAUAGACUUGUCCUAUCUUGUUAAGAUGAAGAUCGUAAAUGGCAAAGCGAUUGAAAUUGAACCUAUCAAUCCUCAUAUCUUUCGCUAUUUACAACAACCUGCAGAAUGUUCUUUCUCUGGACCUGGUGAUACAGUAAAGCUUUUAGUGCUUGUGAAAUCUGCCGUCUUAAAUAUAAAACUACGUGAAGGUAUACGCAAUACCUGGGGAAAGCACAUGCCGUCAAAUGUUCGCAUUGUUUUCUUACUUGGAAACACCGACGAAGAAAAUCAGAAACGUAUCCGUGAGGAAAGUGAGAAAUACUCCGAUGUUAUACAGGAAGAUUUUUUGGAUAAAUAUCAUAAUAAUACCUACAAAACUAUCAUGGGAUUUAACUGGGGUGUGACGUACUGUUCCAGCGCGUCAUUCUUCUUCUUUGUUGAUGAUGAUCAUUAUGUUUGCCUAGCUAACGUGUAUAAAUAUCUUGAAAGCGUUCAUUAUACAAAACCCAAUUUGCUAUCGGGUUUUCUUCUAACCCACUCUAAACCUUACCGGGAUGUUAAGUCAAAAUGGUUUGUAUCAUGGGAAGACUAUGGUUUUGACUGGUGGCCACCCUACCUAGCUGGAGGAGCGUAUAUUGUAUCGUUCUCAAUUGCACAGAAGUUUCAUAUAGCAUUUCCGUAUGUUAAAUACAUAGGAAUCGAUGAUCCUUAUUUAGGAAUUGUAGCUAAGAGACUUGGCAUCCGUCCAACUCACAAUCGGAGGUUUCGAAGCAAAGUAACAUUCCUUAACACUAAGGAAAUAAGACGAUUGAAUAUGUUUGCUUCACAUGAGUUUAAGGACCCAAAUAAAAUGAAAAGACUAUGGGAUAUGCUUCAUGUUAAUGACACAACGACCACUGAAGCACAUUAA